AUGGCAUUGAGGGAGGAAGAUGAGCGUGCCUUCACUCAGCGGGUUCUUGACGAACUGGCACAUACACCAUAUAGUUGCUCGGGUUUGACAAAACUAAGUGGCGGAACAGCCAAUUUCCUCUACCGCGGCACCCUUCUCAAACCACUUGAAGGAGAUGCUAACAUAAAGGUCGCUCAAACUGUCGUGGUCAAGCGUUCCACUGAUUAUGUUGCUACCAAUCGCGAUUUCCCACUCGAAAUCACGCGCUGCAUCUUUGAAGAAUCCAUGCUCCUUGCUCUAGAUGGAAUUGGCUACGCCAUCGCCACUUCUAGCGGUCCAUCAGUGGUUACGGCACCGCGACUCUAUAUGUUUGAUCCAGACACCUACACUCAAGUUCAUGAGGAUUUUCUUGGUGCUACCGAUCUCACCACCAUCUUGCAGUCCACCAAUGUCGAUCAAAUCUUGCCUAAAUCUAAUCGCCAAUCUAUCGGCUAUGCUCUAGGUUCUUGGCUGCGCUUCUUUCACAACUGGACCUCAGAGCCGGCCCAGACUGCGCUUCGGGAAAGAGUAGGACCUAACAAUGGUAUGCGCCAGUUAAAGUGUCUUAUCACCUACGACAGCUUCAUCGAGAUACUAGAGCGUCACCCUGAGACUAUAGAAGGCUAUAAAGAGACAUUAGAAGCGGUCAAGAGUACCAUGAAAUAUGAGUUUGAGCGACCGCCAACGGAAGGAGAUGAGAUUCGCGGGCUUAUUCAUGGAGAUUUCUGGGCUGGAAAUGUUCUGCUUCCAGAUAGCUCAUGGAAUGAUGCGCAACAGUCUACCCAAGAGCCUCAUAAACUCAUCGUUAUCGACUGGGAGAACGCCCAGUUUGGUCAUCGCGCCGUGGAUAUUGGUGGCAUACUGGCCGAUCUUUAUGAGCGCAAACACUUUAAAAAUAUCGAUGCUAGUAUUCCUAUUAUGCAAGGAUUCAUGCGGGGCUAUGGCCCGAUGAGUGAAGAACUGGCAUUCAACAUUGCUAUUCAUGCUGGUGUGCAUCUCAUUUGUUGGUAUUACCGACGAAAUAGGAACGACCCAUUGCCGUUCCCUUUACCAAAGGUUUUAGAUGCCCUGACCCUGGGAAGAGAUUUUAUUCUCAAAGGGUGGGCUAAAGACAAAAAAUGGUUUGAGGGCUCUGUCCUGGCGCCUUUGUUUUCGGAUAAUUAG